CAACCCACCACCCAAUCGCACGGCGACCGCGGAGAGCGACGCCAAAAGCUCCCGACGGAAGGUGGCGGGCGGGCACCCAGCACCCACCCGGCACUCGCGUGCACCACGUCGGGCCCCUCGUGAAGGCCAUCAUGUGCCGGUGCCAACUCAAUGAACGCCCGCGGCGGCCCCGACUUCACCGCCAUCAGCGGCAGUACCAGGGCCUUUUAAUGCCCGCCAUGCGGUGGACAUCAGCUUGACUCGCUCACCGACCGACUCGCUCGACUGACAUUGCUUACAGCAGAACUCGCUCACCUACCCACCCACCCACCUUACCGAUUAACCCAAAUCAUCGAACCCCUCUUGAAACCCCCGCCACCUCCCAUCACUCACCCCCAGAGUGCACCCAUGGAGGCGGCAGUAUACGCGCACGGCGUGGAGGUGGCGGCGAGGCUCCAGGCGGCCGUGCGGGGCCCGACGGGAGCCGCUGGGGAGGCCGGGCCCCUGGCGCGCCUCCUGCUGCUUGCGAGCGACCUCGGGGACCCGCGAACUGCGCACCUGCUGCUGAUGCCGCUUGCCCACGGCCUCUGCCCAGGCCUGGGCCGCGCCGUGCUCUGGGUGGCUCUGAUGGCAGAGUGGCUCAACCUGGUGCUCAAAUGGCUGCUGUUUGGUGAGCGGCCCUACUGGUGGGUGCUCGAGUCUGGUUUUAACUCCACCGGCAUCUUGCAGCUGGAACAGUUCCCCAACACCUGUGAAACUGGACCAGGCAGCCCGUCAGGCCAUGCCAUGGUGUCGGCCGCAGCGUGGGUGGUGCUGGCUUCGUGGACGUCUGCCCGCCUUCGCUCCAUUGCCAACAAGUGGGUGGCCUGGGCCGUGUCAUACGGGACACUGCUGGCAUUGCUGUCCGCUGUUGGGGUGUCCCGCAUCUACAUCCUCGCUCACUUCCCGCACCAGGUGCUGGGCGGAACGCUCGCAGGACUAUUUCUGGGUCAGGUCCUCGGUAGAUAUUUGCCCAAAACACAGCGGCUACUUCCCUACGUAGCUUGGUCUCUCAGCCUUUUAGGCAUCGCCUUCGCCAUGUUCUACGGAAUGCAGUUCCUGGGAUUCAACAUCAACUGGUCGGUGCAGCUGGCGGAGCGGUGGUGCAUGCGGCGCGAGUGGGUGCGGCUCGACACCACGCCGCUCGCCUCUCUCAUGCGUGACUCGGGCACGUGCCUGGGCCUGGGCCUGGCGGCGUGGCCCGGCGCCGCCCCCGCCCCCGGCUCGCACCGCAGCCGUCUCGCCUGCGCCGCGGCCUCGCUGGGCAUCUUGCACGCGGCCGAGUGGGUCCGGCUACCGAGCGCCUCGCCGGCCAUCUUCUACCUGCUGUGCUUUGCGAAGGGCACGCUGGCGCCUAUCAUCGCGAUGCUGGCCGUGCCGCUUGCCGUGGGCAUCGCUUCUGGGAGCGGGAAGGCCCUCAAGCGUAAUUAGCAUGCAAGCCUGUUGGCCUUUGGCAAAUCACAUCGUACACUUUUCUACCACCGAUAUAACAUGUAUUAUUUCAAGGCAGGCUGACUGCUGAUGAUGAGAAAGUGAACGUAAACAUUUGUCCAAAGUUUUCUUACAUUGAAGCAAUGCUACGCAUAAGAUAUACUUCCAGAAGGCCAUGUGGCCAAUAGUUUGUGUAAACAAAUAAUUAAAUGUUUGAUGUGAAGAAACAGACAUAUGCAGGAGGCAUUAUUUACAGCAUUUUGUCAUGAGAGGGGCUCUACUGCUCUGAUUUUCGUUCUUCGUAUGCUUCUGUACAUCCUAGUCACAUCCACUAUUUUCACAUCUCUUUCUGCCCGCAUCCUUCCACAUCACCCUAGGUCUCCCUCUGCUCCUUCUGCCCUGCACCGAUCGUAACUAAUUGCAUCUUCUUUGUAUCUUCUCUGUCUCUUCUCAACACAUUUCCAAACCAUUUACAUCUUGCCUACUUCACCUUCAGAAUAUUUAUAACCCCUGCUAAGACUCUAACGUCUUCAUUCCUCAUUUUUCUUGAGGUAUUCCCAACUUCAAUCUCAGCAUCUUCACCUCUGCCCUUUCAAGCCCUCAUCUUUCUUAUUCCAUCCUCGGUGCCCACAUCUCUGCACCAUAAUAACAGCACUGGUCCAUUAUAUCAUGAUGAACUUGAAAUAUAAUAUUUAAAAGUGUAAA